AUGCUGUGCAAGUCGCUCGCGCUGGAGCUGAUCCCCUUCCACAUUCGCGUGAACACGGUGAGCCCCGGCACCUGCGAGAUGCCCAUGAUGCACCGCAUGGCCGCCCAAUAUGGAUGCAUCAAGGACGAAUUCUCCGGAGCGUUUCCGAUUGGGCGUCUCGCCCAGCCGCGUGAAGUCGCGGAGGCCGUCGUGUUUCUCGCGUCGGACCGCGGCUCGCACAUGGUGGAUGCAGACCUGGCCGUGGACGGCGGCGCAACGAUUGGCCCAACCAGCCGGUCACCGGCGCUGAAGUGGGCGUCUCUGUAG